UUCUCCAAAUCACUUUUCUUAUUUCGAGCAUGAUGAUGGGUUAAAAGUCAUAAUCUCUUCAAACCAUUCGUCUUCAAAACUUUUUGGGUUCUUAGGGAGGUUGUGCCCCUGAGCAUGGUACCCAAUGUCACUGGUUUUUGAAUGUUGUUUCUCCUCCUCUUCUAACCUCCUUUCUCCUCUUCCUCUACUCUCCCUUUCUUUCUGUCUCCAGCCCUCUUUUCUUUCAUUUCUCAUCUAAAUUCUCUCAUCUCUGUAAAAUCUUUUUCUCCCUAUCUUUCCCCUAUCUCAAUAGUCCUAUCUCUUUCUCCAACUUUCCUCUUUAUUUCUUUCCUUUCUCUUUGUUUUUUUCUUUCCUCCUUUCUUUUUCCAGCUAGUAGUUUCCAGUUGAUUUUGUAUAUUUGCAGUUGAUCACUGCUGAAAACCUCAUUGCUUUCUCCAUUUGACCAUCUCCUUCGCCGGCUCUAUGGAAUCGCUGCUGUCUUCUUCGCCAACGCAGUUUUUCUCCUUACAAUCGAGCCUGUUCUCCUCCAACCUAACUAGACCGACGCGCCUACUUACUCAUAGCUCCAAGCCAAGGCUCCAGCCAUUGUCGUGCACCGUGAGCCACUCAUCUCAAACCGAAGCGAAAGCCAAAGAGGCCAAGCUGUGGGGUGGUAGAUUCGAAGACAGUGUCACAGAUAUCGUUGAGAAGUUCACUGAGUCGAUAUCAUUUGACAAGCAGUUGUAUAAGCAUGAUAUUAUGGGGAGUAAAGCUCAUGCUGCUAUGCUUGCUCAACAGGGAUUGAUCAGCAUUAGUGAUAGGGAUAGCAUUUUGCAAGGUCUAGAAGAAAUUGAGAGGUGCAUUGAAGGUGGUGAAUUUGUGUGGAGGACUGAUAGGGAGGAUGUUCACAUGAACAUAGAGGCAACUCUCACUGAUAUGAUUGGUGAACCUGCGAAGAAGCUCCACACUGCCAGGAGUCGAAAUGAUCAAGUUCUGACUGAUUUUCGCCUUUGGUGCCGUGAUGCUAUUGACAGGAUCAUUGGGAGCAUUAAACAUCUUCAGGUUGCAUUGGUGAGCUUGGCUUUAGAGAAUGAGGGCUUGAUAGUUCCUGGUUAUACACAUCUGCAGAGAGCUCAGCCUCUUCUGCUGCAACAUCUUCUAUUAGCCUAUGUGGAGCAGCUUGAACGAGAUGCUGGCCGUUUGCUAGAUUGCAGAGCAAGACUGAAUUUCUGCCCUUUAGGUGCAUGUGCACUGGCUGGCACUGGCUUACCCAUUGAUAGGUUUAUGACCUCUGAUGCCUUGGGAUUCACUGCUCCCUUGAGGAACAGUAUUGAUGCAGUUUCAGACCGAGAUUUUGUCUUGGAGUUUCUUUCUGCAAAUUCCAUAAUAGCAAUGCAUCUGUCUCGACUUGGUGAAGAAUGGGUAUUGUGGGCUUCUGAAGAAUUUGGAUUUAUCACACCAAGUGAUUCUGUUUCUACUGGAAGCAGUAUAAUGCCUCAAAAGAAAAAUCCAGAUCCAAUGGAACUUGUCCGAGGAAAAUCUGCUAGAGUUAUUGGAGAUUUAGUUACCCUUCUCACUUUGUGCAAAGGACUUCCUCUUGCCUAUAAUCGUGAUUUACAGGAGGACAAGGAACCUACAUUUGAUAGUGUCAAGACUAUUGUGGGAAUGCUUGAAGUUUCAGCAGAGUUUGCCCAAAAUAUUACCUUUAAUGAAGAUAGAAUAAAGAUGGCUUUGCCUGCUGGCUACCUAGAUGCCACAACACUCGCUGAUUAUCUUGUUAAGAAGGGAAUGCCUUUUAGAACUUCUCAUGACAUAGUUGGACAGUCAGUUGCGUUAUGUGUUUCCAAAAACUGCCAGCUUCAGGACCUGAGUCUAGAUGAGUUGAGAAGCCUAAGUCCUGUAUUUGAAAAUGAUGUGUAUGAAUUUCUCGGGGUAGAAAAUGCAGUCAAGAAAUUCUGCUCCUAUGGUUCCACAGGGUUGGAAUGCGUUGAUAGCCAACUUGACUACUGGGUUACAAAGCUCAAAAUGAACCAAAACUGACUUCCUUCAUCAAGUGGUUGUUAUAGUCCUGUAUCCAAUUUUAAGGACUUGAAGCAGCAAUAUCUCAACAUAAGAGUUUGGAUGUAUAAUCUUCAUCAAGAUGCAUGCAAGUGUCCUGAAGAACAACUCGAGCACGAGUACAUCAUGUGGUUUUCAGUUGAAGAACAUCAAAUAUUGUAUUCACUAUCAGGGAUUUUAGUUAAUUGCUGUUAUCUCUUUAAUUGUUUCGUACUUUCGUGCAAUCUUGGUAGUUAAUGGAGAUGCCCACGUUAAGGGCAUUUUGGUUUUUCAUAGGUUUUUGUUUUGGGCCAACGGUUUUUCAUGGUUUAGACUAGCAUUUUUUUUAAUCAGUUCAUACUAAUAGAAUGCAAACUCAUUGUGAAUAUUUUGAUUUUGGGCUAUGUAGUGAAAAACAAUCUUUUGCUGUUCCUUUACUUUCUUCUUCUUCUUCUUUUCUUUUUCAUUUUUUCUUUUUAAAGAAUAAGACAAAGUAGUACAACUUGGGGGAAGGGAGUUGAAAAGGGUUACACAAGUUCAAACUCUUAUCAACAAGUGAGGAAAUCUUUUACAUUUAGAUAUUUGACCACUAGAUCUAAAAAUCUUCCUCUGUUCUUUCACUUCAAGCAUAUCUUAUAUAACUUAAAUUUACCCUUUUUUAGUUAGAUGAUGCUUUUAGGUGCAGUCGCUGCUCCGUGCUCAAUUACUCAGUUUUUGCCGACUGCCGUGCAAUGAUCC